AUGAAUGAAAGUGAAGAUGAUCAUAAUGAACAAGUAAAAACAUCAUAUUCCAAAGAGUUGGAACAAGGAAUUGUUCUGCCGAAUGGGAACAAUACUCUGUUAUCGACUUCAUCUUCGGUGUCGUCAUCGGAAGAAGUCAUUGAAGAGAUACCUACUCAAUCCAUACUCUCCCCGUUGUUACUAUCCAAUAAGGAUCCCGUGGAUGAUGAUCAUCAAGAUGGUAUUCAUCAUCAGUCUUCUCUUUCGGAGCCACAACACGAUGGCUCAUCUUCUUCAGAUCCAGUUUCAAAUAAUAAUAAUAGUAAUAAUCAUCAGAACGGCCAAACAGAUCAACCUUCAUCAUUACAAUCUUCUUCUUCCUCUACUGAAUCAUCGGAACAGCCACCUCCAAAUUCUGCCUCACAACCAUCCUCUCUCACUGACCCAAAUACCUCAUCAUCAUCAUCAAGUACAAAUACCUCUUCUCAACAACCACAACAACCACAAAAAGCACCACCCCUAGAUCCCAGAAUUGAUAUUGACAGUGUACUGCGGAACACACUAGCAUUACCCUAUGUUCUUUAUCCUCCUUGCUUAUUUUCUCAUUUGACUUGUGGUCCGAAGAAUAUUCCUCUUUUCGUUUACUUGUUGACAAGCGAGUAUCCUUGGAAUUGUGCUGCUCAUAAUUUUUCUAGCAAAUACGAUCCAGAAAGUCACAAGUACGAUGAGGAAAGAGAACAAUAUAUUAUUGGAAGAAUUCAAUUUUUAACCAAAGCUUUGGACGCACAAUGGGAGUAUCAAAUGAAAAUUCAUAGUAGAGUGGACAAGCUUCAUAAAAAGACCCAACGAACUCAAAUGGAAAAUGUGUUUCUUCAAUCCAUUAAGCCAUUUUGCGAGAAGAGAAUGAAGGAAGUUCAAUUAUAUUUAACGAAAAUUAUUUCAAAUUAUAUAGAUGGAGUUUAUGAAUACAAUGAUGGUUCCAUGUAUGCAGAUUUGAAACUAACUAUGAAUACUAUCAAAACAAAACUGUCCUCUUCAACCCUGACUUCUACCACUUUAAUUAAAGCAGCACAAAUGAUGCAAUUAAUGCUGGGACUGGAAGAUGUGAGUGAAAAACAAAAUUCAAUUAUUGAGGAAACAUCUGGUUCAAAACAUCCCAAGCCAAACGAGAAUUCUUCGCCUUAUGCUGUUUUCUGCAGAGAAAUUGAUUUUCGAAGGGAAGAAAUGAAAUUAACCUAUGCAAAUAACGCACCAGCACGAAAUGUAGCAGAGGCACGAUGUGAAAAAUUAGAUGAAUUUUAUUCUUCGAAAUUUGAAUUAGGAAAAGGAAUGUUGAGUGGAGAUAUUUUUGUGACAAGGGCAGAAUCAGUGAUGGCAACUGUUGGAGGGAUUACUGGCAAAAUGAAAUUCACGAGAAUUGCCGAUUCCAAAAACGCCAAUAGCUAUUGUAUUGACAUUAAGAAAAACACAGUACUAGUGACGUCUCCAAAAAGUCUUAACAGUUACAAGAUUAGCACAAAUUCUCAAUUGGAACCAUCAUAUGCUAAAGAGUUUACCAUCAAUGCAUCCAAUGAUAACAUGUCAUUUGGUGCUGUUGCAACUCUGGAUGGUUUAGUUGCUGUUGCUGACACCUCACAAAAUGUGGUCUAUUGUUAUAGCCCAUACACCAAAAAACCUUCACACGGUUUCAAGCUUCCUGUUUAUGAAAACAACAGAAGCAUUUACAUGAUGAAAUUUCAUCCAAUGACGCGAACAUUAUUUACUGCAUCAUCCAAUGUAAUAUUUUCAGUGUUCAUGGAAAAUAGAUUCUAUGAUGUGCCAUUUGUAGGUUUUGGAAGUACAGUGACAGACUUUUGCUUUGAUCCAACUUCGGCAUCAGUAUUACUAGCAAGCAGUGCCGACCACAAUGUGUAUUUAUUUGACUACCGACAACAAGUUUCGCCCAUUUUAAAAUUUCAGGGUCAUGCAGAUCGAGUGGAAGCAUGUGAAUUUUCUCUCGUGGGAGGUAUACCAUUUGUGUGGAGUGCAGGAAAUGACGAGUCAAUACGUUGCUGGGAUUUACGAAUGCAAGCACCACUGUAUGAGCUGUCCACAGGGAAUGGUCGACCUCUAUCCAUUCAAUGGCAUGACUCGUCCUCUACAUUGCUUUGUAAUGUUGCCUUUGAUCAUUGCAAUAGUGAAGAAUGGCCAGAGACUGCCAUGCACAACCGAAAACACUUUUCAAAGAAGUUUAGCAUUACAUCAUCAGCUAUUAUACGGUAUCAAUUUAAGGAUUCUAUACCUUUCAAUUGCAGUAGCGUUCAUUCGUCAGGAAGAUCUCCACAGCUUGGCGGCUCUUCAUCCGUCGCUUCAAGCAACCAUUCCACACAAACUUCCUCUAAGAAGAGCUCUCAAAAAUCAAAGAAAAGAAAAUAA